AUGAUCGCGAAAGGGCUCGCCUUGGCUCUCCUCUUAGCGUCUACGUUCGCCCGUCAGCCGGGUUUGCCUUACGCGCCAGAGUUAGCAUUAGAACCUCCCGAUAAGGAGCAAGUUGACCAGGAGCUGUAUCGUGCAAUCUUGUCUCCCUACGAGCCACAUUAUCUUCAAUACGAUGAAAGUCCUAAAGUGUACGUUGCUCGUGGAGAUAUCUUCAAACUUCAACCGGCACGCGAUGAUCUCUUGUCGAAGGAAAUAGCCUUAUUAAAACGAUGGGAGGGAAUAUCCCAGAUCGGUCCAAACUAUAACACACUCGACUAUAACCAAGAGCGGCCAUCUUUGCUUCUCGCUCAUCUCGUUGGCCUCGACUAUCGUACGCCAAUAACAAACCGAAGAAUUUCUUAUAAUGAAGUGCUGAAUAACGUCGGUAGAGACAAACAAGUUAACGAACAAGUUAACGAACAAGUUAACGAACAAGUUAACGAACAAGUUAACGAACAAGUUAACGAACAAGUUAACAAACAAGUUAACGAACAAGUUACCGAACAAGUUAACAUAGUGAAAGAGAAAGAUAAAGAAAUUACGGAAAAAGACGGAAAUGGAAAAACAGAAGAAGAGAUUGAAUUGGAGUCGUUACAGAAAGAAGACAGGAAUAAACAUUUUGCAUUGACACCACUGGAUGAAGGCUAUUUUGAUUCAGUAGUUAUACCAGGUGAAGUGAGAGCUCAGAUGAGCAAAAACGAGUUGCUUGAACCAAGAAAGAUUCGCCAGAAUCCCAACUUGAGUAGAGCCAAGACAUUGGUCGCAGAGAACUUGGAUGAACUACGCCAUGGUUUUACCGAUAAGGAUACGGGAAGCACCCUGAGACCUCAGAAUAUACACGUCAUUGAGUCUUUGACACCUCAACAGUCGCCUUCUAUACGCAGUAGCGCGUUGUUGGCAGCUGUCAUCACCGCCCUGUCGUUGGCAGUUGUCGGUCUUGUUUUCGGAUGGUAUACUAUUUCGAAGAAAGCUAAGGCAGCAGCUGACGUGGACUACCCGGCUUAUGGCGUCACAGGACCGACUUUGGACCAAUCUGGGGACCGUAAACUAGCCCACUCUGCUCAUAUGUAUCAUUACCAGCAUCAGAAACAACAAAUUCUGGCUAUGGAAAGUUGCCUGGGUCGUAAUGGGUCAGUCUCGGACCCAGAUUCUGAAGAAGAAAACGAGGAAGGGGAUUACACCGUGUACGAAUGUCCUGGAUUUGCUACUACGGGCAAUAUGGAAGUGAAAAAUCCUCUAUUCAGCGAUGACCCAACUCCUGCGACACCGGGCAAGUGCGAUGUGGUCCAACCACAGCCUAAGGAAUAA